AAUUAGGGCUUCGCAAACCAUCAAACUCCUAUAAGAACCAACUUUGCCGAGGUCGCAUUUCUUAGCAACUAGGGUUUCCAAAUCAGAGCCUUCAGCUGCUUGUAGUUGGAGCCUCCCUCGUCUACUGAUUCAGAAAAAGGAAAAACCAUGGGUCACUCGAACAUCUGGAACGCGCAUCCGAAGAACUACGGCCCCGGCUCUCGCACAUGUCGGGUGUGUGGGAACCCUCAUGGAAUUAUCCGAAAGUACGGGCUGAUGUGCUGCAGACAGUGCUUCCGCAGCAAUGCCAAGGAAAUUGGCUUUAUUAAGUAUCGCUAAAGGAUUUUGCUGGUUCUACAAGAAAAGAGGGUUUUGCCCAAGCGUAUGCUGGGUUUUUGUUUUUAAGUGAUUCAAGUACCUUUCUGGUUGCUUUGUCAUGUGUCUCUGCAGCUACAAACCUUUACGUUAGGAUUGACAUUUCUUGUCUUGGUUUAAUGUUGAAUUUGGUUUGAUUGCUGGACCAAGAAUUCUUGUAUAAGGAAUUGGCUCGGUUACUAUUUGGUUCUA